AUGUUGCUUCUUCGUAUGCUUCCACUUCCCUAUGCCCCCUUUCCACACAAGAUUCACCGCCGUUUUACGGUUAACAACUUGUUCCCCAAAUUCAGAAAAGCUCCAAAGUACGAUUUGGAGAUUCAUUACUAUUAUUAUGAGGAUAAAAGUAGAACAAGGAAGCAGCGGUGUCGUUCGGGGAUUGGGGAUGACGCAGUCUCUGACUGGGAACUGCAGGAAGGGCGCAUGGCGGUUUCAACAUUUCUUCAACAAAUGGGCGUAUCCGUGGAGGAAUCCGAUUCAAUCGCAUCAAACUCCCCAUCGUAUCUCAACAUGUUGGUAGAAGCUGUCAGGGAUUUGGACCAGUUAUCUUCCAUGUCCUCAGCCUUGGAUGAUGGUGACGCUGUCUUCAAUUUGAACUCCAACUACAGAGAUAAGAUUCUUCACGUUGCUGCUCUCAAAGGUGAUAACGGUAAACUAGCUUAUUUUGAGAGUCUCGGUUUCACUCUCUCUUCCUCUAUGAAUCUUGCUACCUAUAUAUCCUCCUCUUCCUCUGUGAACCUUGGUCACACGCUUCCGUCUCUCAUGAACAAGGUUGCAUCUAUCAAACAAAUCAUUUUUCCUCCCAAUCAUACUACUACUCAAUUCCUUAUCAAUAAUAUUCGCCUCCUCAUGCGCAGCUUAUCCAUUUCAAUACUAGAUGAAGAUCUGCAACACACUUUCUCCUUUUUCCAAAAGCUUCAAGCAAGGCGUGGAGGUCUUAAUAUUCUUGCUUCUCACCACGACGCUUUCCGCUGCUUCGUUGAAACAUUUCCUCGUCUACUUUUUUUAUCACUAAAUAAUCACAUCUCACCUAUACUCAAUUUUCUACGACAUAUUGGAAUCCCCACAGAUCGCAUCCCGAACGUAGUGCUGGCUUUUCCUCCUAUUCUGCUUUGGAAUCUUCAACUCCUUCAAACUAGAGUAAAAGCCUUGAACCAGAUUGAUGGCGUGGAUGAAGAUUAUGCCAAGUUGAUGCUUAAAUAUCCGUGGGUUCUAUCUACAAGCAUUCAAAAGAACUAUAAAGAAGUCCUUGCCUUUUUAUAUUCCGCAAAGAUUCCAAAGACCUGGAUAGACCGUGCAAUCAAAAAACAACCUCAACUAUUGGGUUGUUCAACUAGCAAGAUGAAGCUGGUGGUGGAUCAGUUUGCCGAACUAGGUGUUCAAAGGAAAAAGUUGGAUCAGGUUAUCACUAAAAGUCCUCAGCUAUUAUUACAGAAACCUGAAGACUUUCUGCAGGUUGUUCUGUUCUUUGAAAAUAUGGGUUUUGAUAAAGAAAACAUUGGGAGACUACUUGCUCGCUGCCCUGAAAUUUUUGCCAGCAGCAUUAGUAACACUUUACAGAGAAAGAUUGAUUUCCUUAGUAGAAUUUGUCUUUCUAAAGCUUACCUUCCCAUGGUUAUCAAAAAAUAUCCAGAACUACUUGUGUUUGAUAUUGACAGAACCUUGCCUCAACGGAUAGUGUACUUGAUGAAGCUAGGACUUUCAAAGAAGGAAGUUGCAUAUAUGGUACGCACAUUUCCUGCUCUACUUGGAUACAGCAUAAAUGACGUUCUGAGGCCAAAAAUAGAAUUUCUGGUGAACAUAAUGAAGAGGCCAUUGAGAGAUGUGGUGGACUACCCUAGGUAUUUUAGCUAUUCACUAGAAAAGAAGAUAAAGCCAAGAUAUUGGGUUCUGAAAGGAAGGAAUAUCGAAUGUAGCUUAAAGGAUAUGCUGGCGAAAAAUGAUGAAGAGUUCGCUGCUGAAUUUAUGGGUGUUGGAACUCUGUCUUCUCAUGAUAGACUGUAA